AUGCAACUCCCUUGAGUAAGCCACUUCGUCAUCCACUGGUUUGCAAUUCGGCUCGACGAGGUUGCAAUAUGGCUCUGGGCGGCCUUUCGCAGCGGUGCAAUCUCGCGAGGCAGGGUGUCACUUUUCACCAAUUUCACGGGAAGAGGUUAACUUGUCAACAGACGCCAACAGGAGCUGAGUUUCCUCACACUUCCACUGGUUCCGAGAAACGGCUGGUUAGCGAGCCAUUAACAGAACAAGCCAGUUUACGUCCGGGACCGUCAUCGGCUUAUCGUCCGCGCAGCCAAAUGAACCCGGCCAACACCCACUUCAGUCCAGCAGCAAAUUAUCGCAAGCAGAUUAGAAGUCAUCGCGUCUUGUUGACUUUAACGCGGGUAAUCGUGAUCGGACUGCUGUUUAACUACUUGGGUUUGACGUUUCCCACGGCAGAGGGAAUUCCACAAGACAAGUACAGAAAAUGGCUUCAUGACGAUGAUCGUAUGAUUAUUGCAGCAAAACCAGGGGAUUUCGACAAAGAAAAAAUUUUAACAUCGGGAGUGAUUGACAUCGAGAUAUUUGCUGACAACAUCACCCUUGAGGUCAAAGUAGACGGCAGUAGGGUCAUGUACAUGCACAACGAAACUGUUAAGUCGUUGCCGAAUGAAUAUCGGCCCACCCACCGGGGCAUAGGGGUGGUGGUGUUGCACCCAACGACUGGGGAGGUGCUGACCACGGGUCACUACCAGACAGGUCAGCCUAUGGCCUACAGGCCCUUUCUGGAGAUGCUGAAUAGCUUGCAGGCUGGAAGGAUCCUCGUCCUAGCUGCUCCUGGAGACUGGAGGUCUUAUAUGAACGAGGCUUCGAUAGAUUUCUUGACUGAAUAUAUUGGCGGUUGGUAUGUGGAUGAAGUCUGCCUUGGAGAGAUGUGGGCAGGCGUGGGUCUGAUCAAUGGCCCCCUGUGGGCCGAAUCUAUCACCACCAUUGCCAAUUACGCCAGGCCCAGCAGGUCUAGCCCAAUCUACGUGUCCGUCACUGUGCCUAAAUCCCCGGAAAAAAACAGGUGUGAAUGGUACAGCGACCCAAAGCAAGAAGGCCGAGCGAGAUUCUGCGAAACUUACGAGGGCUAUGGGGACUUUUGUAGCUGCAAUACCACUGAGGUCAUAUCACCGGCCGAUGCUCCUCCACUCGAGAUGAAGGAACAAAUUCCUAUUGUUAUCGCCACUGCCACGCGCCAGUCCAAGGUUCAAAGACAGAUUCAACAGCUAUGGACGCAAGCUGGUGGCGGUAACACAUCCAUUCUGAUAUCCGUGGAUGGACUGCAGAAGGAAGCCAGAGAUUUCGCAGAGCUCAUGGGCCUACAGGCAGUGUAUCACCUGAAUCCGGCAGCUCUGAAAACGUUGUCCAGAAUUAGCCAGCACAUCAAGUUUUCGAUCUUCCAGGCAUUCAAGUUAAACCCAGAAGCCAAUAAGAUUAUCGUCCUGGAAGAUGAUCUCGUGCUUUCGCCGGAUUUCAUAAGUUAUUUCCAUCAGACAGCUCCCCUCCUGGACGCAGACAAGACCAUCUUCUGCAUUAACGCCUACAACUACAAUAGCUUCCUCCCGACGGCGAUAGACACGUCCAGGCUUUACAGGGAAGAGGUCCUCCCGGCCUAUGGAUGGAUGAUUACCAGGGAACUGGCAGAGGAACUUCUUGUGGAAUGGCCCACCAUGACAGAGUUUGCAGAUUGGGACUGGUACCUUAGAGCGAGAAUUCAGAUGGGAAGAGACAUAGUGACUCCAGAGGUCUCUCGAACGUACCACAAGGGGUAUGGCGGUUUCCACAUCUCAGGGUGGGAGCAGUCUGCUUACCUAGACAGACGGGCUCUUAAUGCAGACCCCGAUGCCAAAGUUAAUAUAUCAUACUUAACCAAAGAUGCCUACGAAGCCUAUUUGGAGAGCGAACUAAGAAAUGCCACCGUUCUGGAAAUCAAAGAGCACCCCUGCGAUAAGGAAUACAUACCAAAGGAAAAGGUUGGAAGUUUUGUGGUGUACUUCUAUGGCGAAUAUGAGACAGAUACGAAUUUUGCGUACUUUACGCUCGUCACGUGUCUGAACGGCUACGAGAGGGGAAGAAUGGAACACCACCACUACAUGUUCACUCUGGGUUACUAUGGCAACUCCCUGUACAUCAUUGGCUGCCCGGGCUCGUAUUACUGCAAGGUGAAAAAAGAAGACUACAACCGUCUAGUUUACAACCCUAGCAAGGACGACUUGAAGAGGUCGUUGACCUAUAGGCAAAAAUUCGUAAAGCAUAUGACCCACAUUAAAGGCACUUACAGAAUCAACACCACGAGCCUCUAUGACGAAGUCACCUUGCAGAACUACGUGAUCUGGGAAAGUAGUUUCAUGAUGUCGGAGAUAGGAGAGGACGGGAAAAUGGUCAUGUAAUCAGAAAGUCGAAAUCGUCAGCAGGGAUUGCUCAGCUGGUUAAAGCAUUUGGUGUUGA